CCACAUAUCCCCGCUGCACGCCUGACCGCUAGUCUACUUCCUGGAUGGAAGAAUGGGACGUUUCCACUUUUUUUCUCCCUCCUCCGUCUCGCUGACGCCGCGGAUAAUCACUUAAUAAUGACCACGUGUGAUCAAUAUAUUUCGACCACUUCUUCUUUUUUUUCCUCUUUCCUCCUCUCUCGCCUCCUUCUUCUGUAGUUAAAGACAGCGAUUGAUCGCCGGUUGACCCCCCGCCGCCGCCGCCGCUGCCGCCGCCGCCGCCACCGAGCCGCACACUUCGGGAAUGUCGCUAUCUGGAGAGCCGCUGCAGACGCGGAGGAGUCCAGCCACAGAUCGCAGCGAAGAAGUGUUCGGCCGCCGAAGCGUGCGCAGCGUUUUAUUCCUCGAAGCUAGAAGCAGCCUGAGCUCGGACCGGAGGCGAAUACGGUUGUCUUUUUAAAAAAAAAGGAGAAGAAGGAGAAGAAGAAGGAGGAAAAAAAGCGAGAAGCAGCAGCAGCAGCACUGACUGUAGCUCCUCCAUUGACUUUGAUGCUUCGUGGCUGCAACUUCGCCUCGACUGUGUGAUUUUUUUUUUUUUUUCUUUUCUUGGUAUCUCUAAAGGAAAGAAGAAGAGACAGAAACUUUGUCACCCGUUGCCUUCUUGUUGCUCUCGAUGAGUAGUCUAACAUGCGGAGAAUACGGGAACCGAGUUGCUGGUGGAUUUUAAUGUUUUUAACCUUGCCCGAACACAAAGACUGUCAGCCCGUUGCAUCGGGCGGUCAACCUCGCCACGGCGGAGGCGGCCAUCAUGGAAGCGCAGGUGUAAUGAGGGAGAGGAGGACAGCUGGUGACCCCUACUGGUCCUAUUCAGGAAGCUACGGACCUCGAGGCUGGGCCGCCCUGUACCCAGAAUGUGCCGCGAACAACCAGUCGCCCGUGGACAUCGCGGACGAGCAAGCUCUGGUUUCGGAGGAGUACCAGGAGCUGGUGCUUGACAAGUUCAACACCGAGUCCUCCAACCAGACCACCAUGAAGAACACCGGAAAGACAGUUGCUGUUCUCCUGAAGGAUGACUACUUUGUAAGAGGUGCUGGGCUGCCGGGGCGCUUUAAGGCUGAGAAGAUGGAGUUUCACUGGGGCCAGACUAAUGGAACAGCCGGCUCGGAGCACAGCAUCAACGGCAGAAGAUUUCCUGUCGAGAUGCAGAUCUACCUUUACAAUUCGGACGACUUUGACAGCCUCAGCGCUGCCAUCAAGGAAAGACGCAUCAUCGCUGCCAUGGCUGUCUUCUUUGAGCUCGGGCAAAAAGACAACCCAGCUGUGGAUCCCAUCAUCCAGGGAUUGAAAGGAGUGGUGCAUCAUGAAAAGGAGACCAACCUGAGGUCGUUCAUCUUGAGGGAUCUGCUGCCGUCGUCAGUGGACAGUUAUUACCGAUAUACUGGCUCUCUGACCACGCCGCCCUGCAGCAAGGUAGUGGAGUGGAUCAUCUUCUCCAGGCCCGUGUAUCUGUCCCACUCACAGCUGGACGCUUUUUACUCCAUCUUUACAACGGAGCAACAGGACCACGUCAAGUCUGUGGAGUACCUGCGGAACAACUUCAGGCCCCCGCAGGACCUGGAUAAUAGGAAGGUUUUUAAGUCGGCUGUAAAAGAUGCGUGGCAGAAAGAUUUGACUGAGAUCCUGGGAAGUCCCCACAGCACCGAGGCUUCGAGAGUGUGCAGCAGUGCCCCAGUGAGCAUGAAGAUCCAGCCGCUGAACCAGACGGCGUUGAUAGUGAGCUGGGAGCGGCCUCUGACCGUGUACCACCCUCCCAUCACCAGCUACAUGGUCUCCUACAGCUGGGUGAAACGCGACGUUCCCGAUGAGAAGACCUUCACCAAGACGGACGACCAGAGCAUGAAAGCGGUCAUCACUAAUGUGUCCCCGGAAGUCCUGUACCUGUUCAGAGUGCAGGCGGUUUGUCAGCAUGACCUGCGCAGCGAUUUUAGCCAGACGCUGUUGUUCAGAGCCAACACAACGAGAAUAUUUGAAGGGUCUCGCAUUGUGAAGACUGGGAUGCCCACGAUUUCUCCAGCGUCCUCGGCCGACAUGGCUCCCAUCAGCUCCGGUUCGUCCACUUGGACGUCCUCUGGUAUCCACUUCUCCAUCGUCUCCAUGGCAACAGGGAUGGGCCCCUCGUCUAGCGGCAGCCAGGCCACGGUGGCGUCGGUGGUGACAAGCACCUUGCUGGCAGGCUUAGGUGUUGGCGGAGGGGUCAUCUCGUCUCUGCCCAGUUCUGUUUGGCCUACACAGGCGCCUCAAGCCACUCAGAACCCCACGCGUCCGUCUGCCUCACCUGCAAAGUCCAGCACCGAGCAGGCAGCGCCUCAGGGCUCGGAGGCAGACAGCCCGACUGAGGAGAACCAGGCUGCACGUGACGGGGAAGAGGAGGAAGAGGAGGGCGAGAGGGAAGGCGAGCAGGAGGAGGAAGAGGACGAGAAGAAGAAAAAGAGCAAGACUGCACCUGAUAAUGAGGAAAAACAAGCGAACAGCACUGUGGCCAAAGAGCCUUUAAUCCCCACCCCCGCGUCCACAGCCAAAGAGAAAGGAGAAGGGAAACCUACAGUUAAAGGUAUCACAGUACCUCCAAGCACUGGCGAUGGCCAGUUGGUCGACAUGGAGACGAAAGCCACAGAUGUAAAUGCAGUCUCCACUCAGGAGCCCCGUAAUGACAGUGCAGAGAUGCAGAUUCCCCAGAGCUCCACACAGUCUCCAAAGACUAGUAAUGGGAACAAAAUCUGGCCUUUCACUAUCCACACCGACAGAACCAUCCUGUCCAACGUGACGCGGACCUCUCCGCCGGGGAUGGGCAGGAUGGUGUGGAUCGUCCCCUUGGUGGUCGUGUCGGCGCUCACGCUGCUGUGCCUCAUCAUGCUGCUGAUUGUGAUGGUCUACUGGAGGAGAUUUUUCCAGACAGCUCACUUCUAUGUGGAGGACAGCAGCUCUCCACGGGUGGUGGCCAAUGAGAAUAUCCCAGUCAUCCCUAUACCAGAUGACAUGGAGGCCAUCCCCGUCAAGCAGUUUGUCAAACACAUCAUGGAGCUCUACAAGAACAACAUGCAAGGAUUCGCUGAGGAGUUUGAGGAGGUCCAGCGCUGCACAGCCGACCUGAAAAUCACAGCAGAACAUUCCAAUCAUCCCGACAACAAGCACAAAAACAGAUACAUCAACAUCGUGGCCUAUGACCACAGCAGGGUGAAAUUACGAGCUUUGGCGGGGAAAGAUGCCAAACAUUCGGAUUACAUCAAUGCCAACUAUGUGGAUGGUUACAACCGGCCCAGAGCUUACAUCGCCGCUCAAGGUCCUCUGAAGUCCACGUUCGAGGACUUCUGGAGGAUGGUGUGGGAGCAGAACACUGGAAUCAUCGUCAUGAUCACAAACCUCGUGGAAAAAGGAAGAAGGAAAUGUGACCAGUACUGGCCGACGGAGAACAGCGAGCAGUACGGGAACAUCGUGGUGACGCUGAAGAGCACGAAGGUUCACGCCUGCUACACGCUGCGCCGGUUCCUCAUCAGGAACACGAAAGUUAAAAAGGGUCAGAAGGGGAAUCCGAAAGGGAAGCUGAACGAGCGCAUCGUGGUCCAGUACCACUACACUCAGUGGCCUGACAUGGGAGUGCCCGAGUACACCCUCCCUGUCCUCACCUUCAUCAACCGCUCGUCAGCGGCUCGCACUGCAGACAUGGGCCCCGUCCUGGUGCACUGCAGUGCAGGGGUUGGACGCACGGGAACAUACAUUGUCAUUGACAGCAUGCUGCAACAGAUCAAGGACAAAAGCACAGUUAGCGUCCUGGAUUUCCUCAAACAUAUUCGCACACAACGCAACUACCUAGUCCAGACCGAGGAACAGUAUGUUUUCAUCCACGAUGCUCUGAUGGAGGCCAUCCUGAGCAGGGAGACAGAGGUGCCCGCCUGGCAGCUGCACGGCUACGUCAACAGCAUCCUCACGCCCAACUCCACAGGCCGCACACGGCUGGAGAAGCAGUUCAGGCUGCUGACUCAGUGCAACACGCGUUUUGUGGAGUGCUUCAGCGCCCACAAAGACUGCAACAAGGAGAAGAACCGCAACUCCUCAGUGGUUCCUUCGGAGCGAGCGAGGGUCGGACUCACUACUCUGCCUGGCAUGAAAGGAACAGAUUACAUUAAUGCAUCCUACAUAAUGGGCUACUACAGGAGUAAUGAGUUCAUCAUUACCCAGCAUCCAUUGCCCCACACCACAACAGACUUCUGGAGGAUGAUUUGGGACCAUAACGCUCAAAUUAUCGUCAUGUUGCCUGACAACCAGGGCCUGGCCGAGGACGAAUUUGUUUACUGGCCGAGUCGGGAAGAGGCCAUGAACUGCAUCGCCUUCACCGUCACGCUCAUCAGUAAGGACAGACUGUGCCUCUCCAACGAGGAGCAGAUCAUCAUCCACGACUUCAUCUUGGAGGCGACGCAGGAUGACUACGUUCUGGAGGUGAGGCAUUUCCAGUGCCCUAAAUGGCCCAACCCGGACUCCCCCCUCAGCAGCACCUUCGAGCUCAUCAGCGUCAUCAAGGAGGAAGCCAUGACUCGAGAUGGCCCCACCAUUGUGCAUGACGAGUAUGGAGCCGUGUCAGCAGGGAUGCUCUGUGCCCUCACCACGCUGUCCCAGCAGCUGGAGAACGAAGGAGUCGUCGACAUCUAUCAGGUGGCGAAGAUGAUCAAUCUCAUGAGGCCGGGAGUCUUCACUGAUAUAGAGCAGUACCAGUACCUUUACAAAGCCAUGCUCAGCCUGGUGGGGAACAGAGAGUGUGGCCUGAGCCCCAUGCACAUGGACACUAAUGGGGUGGUGGUGAUGGCGGACGAGUCGGACCCGGCCGAGAGCAUGGAGUCGCUCGUCUGAGAGGACGUUCUUACAGGCACUUAAUUUGUAAAAUUCUGAGGCCUUUUUUGCCAGACUAUUGAUUAAAUGAAUAACCUUAUUACUUUUUAUACUGAUGAAAGUUUUUUGAUAUUUAUGUUUUUGUCCUUUAUUUCUCGUCUUAAACGUUUAUCCUGCUGAGCGUUUGCACCUGUUUUAAGUUGACAUGAGGAAGAAGCAGCUCUGUCCAGUUUGCACUAUACUAUCAGUGUUACUGCCUAAAAUCCAGUGAGUGAAAAAAGCCCUUCACCGUUCCAAACCUGGUAUCACCACAAAAACAACAACAAAAAACAAAAAACUGGGACCGCGUCGAGACAAAAACCCGAAGCAUGAAGACCGACCGGGGACGAGCGAAGGACGAUCCACCUCCGAUCAGCAUAGCCCAGCAUGCAUUGCGCCACUCUUGUCACGUCAAUCAAGCGAACUGUGGCGAGGCCCCGCCCGCCGCACACGGGCGACGACCACAUGUGAAGAGACUCAUACCUGCCUAUAUAUUAUUAUUAUUAUUGUCCCAGUAUCUCACUGCUGUCUUGUAAAAUGUACUUAUGGCUUAUUUUCUUGAAGUGUGACAUCUAAUGUGAACAUUUAUUGCUUUUUACAGGGAUUUCUAUCGUUCUAUUGUUUUGUAAUAUAUAUAUCUGUAUAUACACACAUACACAUAUAUAUAUUAUCUCCUUACCAGCCAGCCAGACGACUUCCUUUUCCUUUUGCCUAUUUGUCCACUGGCCUCGGUGUAGACUCAUGUUUUUUGGGGACGUUCUAAAAACCUUCCAGUCACUUUUUAUUAUUUUUAUUAUUCCUCCAGCGAUUCUUUCGAUUGUUAACACAUGUACUUGGUGUCCGUACCGACACGACGCAGCGCCGCACGAAGCGUUCACCCCACACACAGGUUUUCAUGUUUUAUUCUACAGCUUUGAAUUAAAGCAAAAAAAUAAAUCCAUUAAUGUCAAAGUAGAGAUUCCAAAUGUCGGCAGAUUCAUUAAAGCAGAAAACUUGAUUGCACAAGUAUUCGCUCCCUUCAAGGCCGCGUUUUGCAGCAUUUCAAACUUUGGUUAUUUAAGGACAGCUUUGAGCGUCUGCAGCUUUUCUGGUUUUUUAGCUGCUUACUCUGGACUUUGCUGGAGUCUAGACUCCGGCCCUCCAGGACAUUAGCAUUAUUGUUUUAAAGACCUUCCUGCUUCUUCGCGUUGGACAAAAAAAAAAAAACAUAAAUCUUCCCGCAGAGCAAUUUCCUGCAGGAAUUCCUUUAUAUUUCAUUGAUUUAGUAGAUUUUUUACUGCAGAGAAGCAUCCUCACCAGCCCCUCUGGUGAAGAUGCUAUUCAGUGCCUUGGAAAUGUUCCUGAUUCCUCCUCCUCCUCCUCCUCCUCCUCCCUGGUUUGUUCGAGUUUUCAUCAGAUCCUGGUGUAUUUAUUCUAAAAUCCUACAUUACGCUGCCAUUAAACAGGUGAUCUAGAGGUCGUAGAUGAAUAUGUGUGCAAUCAGUUUUAUUAAAACAAAAAAACUCCCUUUUUCUGUUCAUUCAUUGGCUUCCACUCAAAGCUGCAAAUAAAUAAAACGUGAAAAAGUCCAAAGACGGUGAAAACUUUCUCUGCGGCGCUGCGCUUUCUUCCUUCCUUCCUUUCUUUCUUUCUUUCCUUUUUUUUUCCGGGGGGGUGUUGAUGCUUUAUUUGUAACCAAAGAUGUGGUUCCAGUUUGCGACAUGUAAGUGGUUUCUGUCCUGAGCUCUAUUUAAUCAAACUUUAAAAAAAAAGGAAAACAAAACAAAAAAAAGAACAAGGUUUAAUCUUUUUGCAGUACAGAUUUCCAAGGUGUGAAUUUAACCGGACUUCAGCAUGUUUCUGUUCUAGCCUCAGGAACUCACCUCCUAGUGAAGAAUAAUAAUCCGACUCUGUGAUGCUCUCCUCCUCACAUUAGAGAAAAUAAGGUUUCAAAGUUCUGUACGUUGUGUUUGGUUUGGGCUCAUAUUCCGUCUCCUCUAAUUAUAAGCCCUUCUCAACCCUGAGCACCCCUCUCUCUCUCUUGAUUGAUUUAUUCUGUGAUGGAACUUUUUUUUUUUCUCCUUUCUUUCUUUCUGGUAACAUCCACUUCUCUAUCAAGGGGGAGUUUGCUUUAAUCCCUCGAACACUCUCCAAUAUUUGGAGAAAAAAGUCCAGAUUGCCGAUCGCUUAGCUCCACAUCUCAACUGUUGAUUUCUUUGUAUGAACGCCAGCCUCCUUUUUUGUUCUGUUUGAUAUUUCUGCUCAACAUAUAAAAACACGAGUGCUGUUGCUGCUGCACACAUUUACUUCUUCAACAACAACAACAAAAAGAAAAGGAAAAAAAAAACAACAAAUUAUGUAACCUUUGUGAUCAUAGAAGUUUAUAUUUUCAUACAAAGAUUCGGUUUGUAUUGUGGCCUUGUAACAGAUUGUACUUUUGUGGAUAAAUGAUUAUGUGAAUCUUGGCGGCGGCGGCAGCAGCAGAGUCCCACCAAUCAGAGCUGCUGCUGCUCCCUCUGAGCUCCGUUGCUGUUUUACACCAGAUUUUUUCCUGCUGACGGUCCGGGAGGCGGCCGGUGUGUUCGCCUCGAGCUCAUUUCAACCAGGUCGGUAGUCGAGUCUAUUUUGUAACUUUAAAAAAAAACUUCAAAAAAAAAAAAGGUUUUGUCCAUCAUAUCACAUGUUUAUAUGACAGUAUGAUAGCAACGCGUUCCUAUGAUACUGUUAUAUACCAUAUUAUAGUGUAAUAGUGUUAUUUAAUAGGUAAAUUGUAUUGCUAUACAUUAAAUAAAGUCUGGCUUUGGGUGCACCGCAUCCUUGUAUUACAUGAA